AUGAACGCGGCCGGCUUCCCCUGCCUGCGAGGCAUGUGCACGCUGCCGGCGCCCAGCCCCGCGGCCGCGGCCAGCCCCGGCUCCCCCGGGCCGCCGCGGGGGUCUCCGCAGGCGCCGCCGGUGAAGCCGGAGCCGCGGGGCGCUGGGAACAGCCCGGCCCCGCCGCCGCCGCCCGAGGAGCCGCCGCCCCCCGCCGGGGGCCGCCGGAGGAAGCGGCCGGUGCAGCGGGGCAAGCCCCCGUACUCCUACAUCGCCCUCAUCGCCAUGGCCAUCGCCAACGCCGCAGAGAGGAAGCUCACCUUGGGGGGCAUCUACAAGUUCAUCACCGAGCGUUUCCCCUUCUACCGGGAGAACCCAAAGAAGUGGCAGAACAGCAUCCGCCACAACCUCACCCUCAACGACUGCUUCGUCAAGAUCCCCAGGGAGCCCGGACAUCCCGGCAAGGGCAACUACUGGACUCUGGAUCCGGCCGCAGAGGACAUGUUCGACAACGGGAGCUUCCUGCGCCGGAGGAAGCGCUUCAAGCGCACCGACAUCACCACCUACCCCGGCUACAUGCAGAACUCCAGCGCCUUCACGCCCCCGCCCGCCGGCCGCCCCACGGCACCCACAGCGCCCUACCCCAAUGCCCUCUGCUCGCCCGGCUACGGCCCCCAGCUCUCCAGCAGCGUCUUCCACCCCUACGCGGCCGGGGCAGCACCGCCGGCUCAGCAUCCCAGGAUGUUCAGCAUCGACAGCCUCAUCAGCGGGCAGCAGGCCCUGCAGCCCUCGCCGCCCUCCGAGCUGGGCCACCCAUCGCUGGGCUUGCCCGGAGCCGAGCUGGCUCCUGCCUGCUCUGCCGGCAGCUCCGAGCCCCCCUGCUUCCAGGCGCCGCCUGUCAGCCCCGGCUUGUUGGGCCGGGCCGGCCCCAACUCCCUGGCGUACCCCUACGCCGCCUCGCCCCCGCACCUGCCCGUGGCUCAGGGCAGCUACUCGCCCAGCAGCCCGCAGCUCUACGGGGCUCCCAACAGACUGGCCCUGCCGGCCAUGCGGCCCCCGGCCUGCGCCGAGCACGGCGAGCAGCUCCUGGGGCUCUCCGCCUCGCCCCUCGGCCAGUUCGGCUCCAGCAACACGUACAUGAGGCAGCCCAACUUCCCCGCCGGCCUGGAGCGCUACAUGUGAUGGGGCUGAGGGCGCUCGGCCGGACAUCCCCGGGCUCCCACGAGCGGCUCUGGACAAGCGGACUUCUCCCUCCCGUGGGGGUCACUGGGGUGGAGUCGGGGGUCCCGGGCUCCCGGCUGUGUGCGGACACACACGUGUGGGACGACUCAAUUCCUCUCUCUCUCUCUCAGCUUAUUCUGAAGCUGAGGCAAGGUGGUAUCUGUUUAUCUGCUCCUUUCCUUCCCGGAAAAGGUGUUCAGUGGCUCUGCCAGGCAGGACUUCCCACGUUUGUCCUUGUGCCCAGCCUGGCCCCGGGGAUGCCGCCUGCAGCAUCGCACCCCGGGGCACACCCAGGGCGAGCAGGAGCACACUCAGGAGGUGGGUGCAUGGUGUAACAUGCAGGAACUCUCUCUCAAAUGGGCUUUUCCCUCUCUUCCCUGAGUGCCUCCCAUGUAACUGGAAUGAAAGUUAUCAAAGAAGCCCCCAAACCACUAAACAAGUUCACUGGAUUUUAAAUGAAUAUUUAAGAUGUUUAUCAUUUCCUUUCCCUGUAGGAAAAGAAACC